CCCCAUUUGUAAAAUGGAACGUAUUCGAGUUUAUCUGGAGAGCCUGAAGCAAGGACUGCAAAUUGAUGUCCUGAGGGAAGUUGGACGUCAAUAUCCUGUAUUUUGCUUUCUUCUGGUUUUCAUGCUAUCAUUAACUAUACUUCUUAAUAGGUAGGUUUUGUGGACAAACAAGCUGGAUAUCUGUUUUUGAAUGAAUGACAAAUGUUAUACCUUAUGCUCAUGUAAUCUGAAGGAGUUUAAAGGUUAUUUUGCUCAAUUCAUGUCGGGGUAAACGUGAGUUCAGCAUCCUGUCUGUACUCAUUCUUUCAGAAUAUGUAAUUUUUUCAGUUGAGGUAUUAGACAUCUAGCUAUGUGUCUGACCUGGUUAUUCUAGGUAUCUUCACAUUCUGAUGGUGUUUUGGUCCUUCCUGGCUGGAGUGAUUACGUUCUAUUGCUCCCUCGGUCCAGAAUCACUCCUGCCCAACAUCCUGUACACGAUAAAGCCGAAGAACAAAGUAAGCACAUUUAAAACCCCUUAAAUACAAGGGUCAUGUUCAUUAGGCACCAAAUGGAAGAAUACGGACUGAAACAGGGAGGGACUACCUCCUGAACUUGUCCAAAAAUAAGUACUCGUUUUAGUUUUCUGUUGCAAACGUUUUCCCUCGUGUGCCCUAAUGAAUACGACCCAGUAGUCAGAGGGCAAUGCAGUGUGUUGUGGUUGAGUUGCUUAUUAAGUUUCUGUAAAUAGUUGGUCAUUUCCCAUUUAUCAGUGGGAUAUCCAAAAGGAAGUGACAAGUGUUGUAGCUGCAGGGUCUCCCUAUCUAUUCUUCCAGCAGCAAGCGCAACAGGAGCUGUUUCCAUUGGGACAUAGCUGUGCAGUGUGUGGGAAAGUAAAGUGCAAACGUCACAGGUAUGUCAGACCACUCAAUAUAGGCCUAGCACAAAUGGAGAACAGACCAAAUGUCACGUUUACAUGUAUGGCAAAUGAAUGGAAGCUUGUGUUGAGCAGCAAUGAACAGCAGUGGCAUUGAUUAGUCCCCUGUAGCUCAGUUGGUAGAGCAUGGCGCUGGCAACGCCAGGGUUGUGGGUAUGUUUCCCACGGGGGGCCAGUAUGAAAAUGUAUGCGCUCACUAACUGUAAGUUGCUCUGGAUAAGAGCGUCUCAUAAAUGACUAAAAUGUAAAUGUGAAUUAGUAAAAUGCAAAAAAGGAUUUGGCCCCAUUGGUCAGAGGUAAUCUGCCGUCUAGUGGACACUAUGAGUCGGUGCUGCUCAUUCACAUCACUUUUGAAAUAUGUUGUGUUUCACAGACCAACAUUACUCCUAGAAAACUAUCAGCCAUGGUUGGACUUGAAAGUCUACUCCAAAGUGGAUGCUUCCAUUUCUGAGGUAUUGCAAUGGGUCAUUUUAAAUAGAAUUUGAUUAGAAAUCACAAUUAUAACAGAUUGUCAAUCAGUCAAUAUCUUUAUUGUCCAAAUCAGGAAAUAAAUGUAGUAUUAUUGUUUGGCCCGUAGGUGCUCGAGUUGGUUCUGGAGAAUUUUGUAUAUCCCUGGUACCGGUGAGUAGAUUCUACCACAGUUUUGAACAUUUGACUUCUCUUUUCUGUCUGGAGAAGAGAGAGAGGUGUGAAUGAGUAUUUCAUUAUGCUUUUUCUUUACUUGACAGGAACAUCACAGAUGAUGAGGCAUGCGUAGAUGAACUGAGAAUGACCUUUCGGUUCUUUGCAUCUGUGUUAGUUCGACGCGCUCAGAAGGUGAUGCAUAGUUCUCAGUCCAUUCAUCUCUCUCGUCCCACAUUCUGUUCUCAGAACAGUUAUGUUCAGCAGACACAUUCGAGUUAUGUAUGCCAUUUGCAUCCACAUAUUGUUGAUAAUGGUUAAUACAUUGUUAAUGUACUCAGGCUUUACACUAACUGUGAAAAUGUUUCAUACAGGUUGAUGUCCCCUCAGUUAUUUCUGGCAAAAUGAUGAAAGCAGCCAUGAAGCAUGUUGAAAUCAUUGCAAAGGCCAAGCAAAAAGGUUUAUUUUUUUGUAGAUUUUUGUAGCACAAAGUACAAUAAGUUUCUGCACUGUAAGAUGUUGGUCAACAGAGAACUAAAUGUGCACUGACUGUGCAAGGCUUAAUACUGUGUCUGUGUGUGUGUUCCAGUGAAGAACACUGAGGGUUUGCAGCAGGCUGCUCUGGAUGAGUAUGGCCCUGACUUACAUUUUGCUCUGCGUAGUCGCAGAGAUGAGCUGCUUUAUCUCAGGAAGGUGACAGAGAUGCUCUUUGCCUAUCUCAUGCCUCCCAAAGCCACUGACUGCAGGUAGGCCAAACCAACCAGACAGGAUGCAUCCCAAAUGGCACCCUAUACCCUGUAUUGUGCACUACUUUUGACCAGGGCCCAUAGGGCAAUAGUCAAAAGUAAUGUCAAACAGUUGAAGUCGGAAGUUUACAUACACCUUAGCCAAAUACAUUUAAACUCAGUUUUUCCCAAUUCCUGACAUUUAAUCCUAGUAAAUAUGCCCAGUCUUAGGUCAGUUAGGAUCACCAAUUUAUUUUAAGAAUGUGAAAUGUCAGAAUAAUUGUAGAGAGAAUGAUUGAUUUAUUUCAGCUUUUAUUUCUUUCAUCACAUUCCUAGUGGGUCAGAAGUUUACAUACACUCAAUUAGUAUUUGGUAGCAUUACCUUUAAAUUGUUUAACUUGGGUCAAACGUUUCGGGUAGCCUUCCACAAGCUUCCCACAAUAAGUUGGGUGAAUUUUGGCCCAUUCCUCCUGACAGAGCUUGUGUAACUGAGUCAGGUUUGUAGGCCUCCUUGCUCGCACACACUUUUUCAGUUCUGCCCACAAAUGUUCUAUAGGAUUGAGGUCAGGGCUUUGUGAUGGCCACUCCAAUACCUUGACUUUGUUGUCCUUAAGCCAUUUUGCCACAACUUUGGAAGUAUGCUUGGGGUCAUUGUCCAUUUGGAAGACCCAUUGAGAUGUUGCUUCAAUAUAUCCACAUAAUUUUCCUUCCUCAUGAUGCCAUCUAUUUUUUGAAGUGCACCAGUCCCUCCUGCAGCAAAGCACCCCCACAGCAUGAUGCUGCCACCCCCGUGCUUCAAGGUUGGGAUGGUGUUCUUCGGCAUGUACACCUCCAAUUGACUCAAAUUAUGUCAAUUAGCCUAUCAGAAGCUUCUAAAGCCAUGACAACAUUUUGUGGAAUUUUUCAAGCUGUUUAAAGGCACAGUCAACUUAGUGUAUGUAUACUUCUGACCCACUGGAAUUGUGAUACAGUGAAAUAAUCUGUCUGUAAACAAUUGUUGGAAAAAUUACUUGUGUCAUGCACAAAGGGUGCCAUUUGGGACACAGCCAGAGUUCGUGUACCUGUUGAAGGGAAAGGACAACAUUUCUUUUUUGGAAUUGGAAUCCUGUCUUAAUCUGAAUCCUGUGUCUUACUCUUUGUCAGAUCUCUAGCUCUGCUGAUGCAAGAGAUCCUGGUAGGCUCUGUGUUCCUCCCAACCAUGGACUUCAUGGCUGAUCCUGUAAGUGUAAUGAUGUAUGUGUGCUUAGUGAUAGAGGGUAUAGAAGUUAAAGGCCCAUUCACAUGACCCGUGCAAGAACAGCUUUGUGCUGAGCAAGCCAUUGUUUUUCAAUGGAGGAGAAUCAAGUGAAUGGACCAAUUAUACAAACUCAGAACUCUCUGCAUCAAUAUUGUAUCAAUGAAAUGCAUGAAUGAGCAGAACAUUCUAGAACUGGAAUUUUAGCAAUGUAACUGAGUGGUGGUUGACCUAUUCCAUCUUACUGAUGCAUUCCUCCUGUUGCUUUUCAGGAUACUGUAAACCACAUGGUGCUAAUAUUUGUUGAUGACUCUCCAGUAAGUAAAUUGUGCAUUUUACCUAUCCUCUAGUGGAAGCAUCAUGCAUUCAUGGAUUUGUGAUUCAUUCCUCAAAUUGUUUUCCCAGUCUGAGCUGGCCAUGGAGCCACCGUCUACCCUGGUUCCAUUCCUGCAGAAAUAUGCUGACCCUCGUACCAAGAAGACAUCUGUAAGUACUUAGUCCUAUGGGCACAAAAAGCCCUUGUUAGCGACAUAUCCAUUCCACUGACCAAUUAAUUGGCUGUACAGUACCCUCUCAGCCAUUACAAGCAGAGUGAGAAAGGUACUUAAUGAACUUAAACAGAUUUUCUUUUUUUUUUAUACAAAAAAGAGAAGAGAUUAAUUAAUAAAUGAAAUAUUGGUAGAGUGUUUUGCAUGGACAAACACAGGAUGUGUCCCAAAUGGCCUCCUAUUCCCUAUAUAGAGCAUUACUAUGGGCUCUGUGGGCCCUGUUCAAAAGUAGUUUACUAUAAAGGGAACAGGGUGCCAUUUGGGGAGCACCCACAGUUGCUGAACUCUGUCUAUCCUCUUGCCAUCUGGUUUCCCAGGUGCUGAAGCUGGAGCUGAAGGAGAUCCGGGAGCAGCAGGACCUUCUGUUCCGCUUCAUGAAGUUCCUAAAGCAAGAGGGGGCCGUGCACGUGCUCCAGUUCUUACUCACUGUGGGUAAGGACAAAUCUAAUAGAACCUUAUACAAGACUAUAAGGUCCUUUAACUGCCCCUCCUACCAAACUUUAUUGUCCCCAGAGAGAAAUGUGGUUCUUCUCAGCCCUAACAUCUUUCCUGCAUACUACUCUUAUAUUGAGAGGCAUUUAUAUAAAUCCAUCAAAGAUCCAUUACAUGUACUGUAUGUCCAUGAUGACACGUAAAGUAGCCAUAGUCAAGCCAUGGAUAUUUCAAGAGGAACUACACAACCCCACUUUUUCUUUCUUUUCAGUUAAGUUUUUAUUGAAUUUUAAAGUUUUAUAAAACAUAGAUCAAUCAGGUAACACUGUAACAGCAUUUAUCCACUUCUCUUUCAUGUAAUUCCAGAGGAGUUCAAUGAUAAGAUCCUGUGUCCGGAGCUGAGUGACUCUGAGCUGCUGCGUCUGCAUGGUGAGGUGCAGAACCUCUACGAGACCUACUGCCUAGAGGAGAGUAUCGACAAGAUCAGUUUUGACCCUUUCAUCGUCGAGGAAAUACGAAACAGUAAGCUGUGAUGGACAGUUGGUGCUCACAAUUUUACCCCAAUCAUUUAACACAGUGUGAUGUGAGAUGUGCUAUUUUUCUGGAAGUCCACAAACCUUUAAAAACAUAUGUCUCUUGUUUUAGUUGCAGAGGGGCCGUACGAGGGAGUGGUGAAGCUGCAGACUAUGCGCUGCCUGUUUGAGGCCUACGAGCAUGUCCUGUCCCUGCUGGAGAGCGUCUUCACCCCCAUGUUCUGCCACAGCGAUGAGGUGAGCCCCAGCCACGCACUGACACUGUACUCUCUGGGUGCGUCCCAAUAAUCUCUCCUACUUCCUGAAGUUUGCGCUCGUUCACUACUCCCCAAAAAUGUUAAAGCAUUGGAUUGGUCGAGUAGGCUUGGGCUAGAGGGAGUUUCCAUCUACCUGUCAUUUUCCUUUCUAAUCCAUGAAGGGAAGUGAACAGACACAAGUGCACAUUUCUGGAGAAAGGAGAGAUUAUUGGGACGCAACCUGUACUUUCUAUGUGGACAUAAACCAUACACCCUAAUCUAAUUGCCUUCAUUGGAAUUUUCCUACAAAGAGCCAGAACAUGAUACAAUGACAACGUGAACGUUUCAAUAUACAAACGCAAGUUGACAAACUGAUAACAUUUGACCCAUUCAUAACUCUAUUUCUGCAGUAUUUCACACACCUGCUGAAGGGGGCAGAGUCUCCAAAAAGGGACUCCAGAAUGAACAGGUUUGUGCUCCUGAUGGCAAUGACUGUAAAAUUAGAAAGAGGUGUAAUAUUCUUCUAAGCUGAAGUGUUUAGUGGUGUUCUUUUUCUAGGAUAACCUUUCAUUCAUGUUGCACUCACUCAUAUUAUACACACACAUUGCCUCUGCAUCUAAAUAGAGACUUGAUUGGAGAGGAUUCAUAUUCUUCUAUACAGAAGUGUUAAGUGUAGUUUCAAUGGCUAUUUACUACACAUGUACUACACACCAUGCAUCUUUACUUCUAAGCCAAGACUCCACAUUAGGGUGGUGUAUUGUUAUUAUUGGAUCAUGUAACAUAGGCCUGUUUACGCCCAUCACAUCCCCACAAAGGGCUCUGAAGCUAUUUUGUACUAUUUGAAGCCUUUAGCUGUGGGCUUAUCCUGUUUAUCUUGGCAGCCUGUAAUUCAUUGUACCUGUUAUUCCAGGAAUAGUCUGAGUGUGGAUGAUAUGAGGUGAGUAUGUGUCUCGGAAUGAUGCAGGCCAGGCUAAUGUCCCACUGCCGUUGAGUUGGCUGCAUGCAAGAUAUAAUUUGCCCAGAAUGUAGUGAAUGGAACCAAAAUGUGCCUGAGAAAAAGCAUUGUGGGGCAAUAAGCACUAUUCUUCAGUAGGCUUUUGCAAGCUAGCGUUUGUGUGUUGUUUUUGUUAAGACUUACUGUUUACCUUGUUGUAUUGCUGUAACUGAACAAGAGUUGGUGUUAUAUGUAAUUUUUUUCGAUUCAGUUGAAGAAUUGUUGAACAUUCAAAGUAGCAGGUGCUUUAAAUAGUAUUUUAAUUUCUAGUUUUGGGGUUGAACUCAAGAGCCACAGAAUGGAGGAAGAGGAGAAAGAUGGUGUUACCCAUGGCCCCAUAACUAAUCUCCUCUCAUGCUGUUUCUCUAAUGGUCUAUCCAUGUCUUGUCUUGUGUGAGCGCCCAUAGUUCUCCUGUGUAUAAUGGAUGCCAGAUCCCCUUGUCGGGACAGCGUUGGAGGGCCUCAAUUUCACGCCAUCUCUAUUCAACCUUCCAUUCUUGUUCCUAAUAUUUGGUCUGCACUAACUUGCCCAUCCAACAUUCAACCGUCUACUGACACAUGGCUAGAUUUGAGCCUUAGUCUGUAAGCAUGGACUCCUGUACACAACUACAAACUACCUCUCAUUGCUUGAGUGCAUCUGUUCUCAUCUAUCUGCUUGGUAUUAGUUGAAUGUGCAACAUUUCAUAAUGUGUGCUCUCUUUGUGUGUUCAUGUUUGGAUUUGGACCUCAGCAUGGCAUUUUGACUUUGGACUUAUAAUUUUAACAUCUUUGCAGCAUUUUCAAUUAUUUUGAUCUGCAUAGCACCAUUUGAGGCAACGCUGCAUUAACAGCAGAUGUUUGGAUAAGUGGCAUCAACAACUGUUGCCAGCAACAACACAUGCAGUCUCACACAGCUGCCUGUCUGGCAUUCCAUUUCCAUGUGUGUUUAGUUCUGUGUUCAUGCAUAUGUUUUCGUGUGUGCCUGUGAAGGAUCGUCUCAAAACGAGGGGAGACGUUCGGGAUCAGCCGGAUCGGCAGCAAAAUCAAAGGUGUCUUCAAGAGCACCACCAUGGAGGGGGCGAUGCUGCCGUACGCCAUGGUCGACGCUGAAGAUGAAGUGGUGAGAACUUCCCCUCCAAAACUAACACUGACACCCAAACCAUGAUUACAUCCCAAUCCUCCACUGUGCAUAUGAAUGGGGGAUUUCUACUCCUGCAUAUUGUCACCACAGGCUGGGUUUCCAUAGUGAUUUUGAUUUAAUUCUCAGUUAAUUUAGUAGUAAGUACAGUUUAAAAAAGUACACUCCGAGGAUAAUACUUUAAAGUAUCACACAACACUUAUUUCCAAUUCCAAUAUGGUUCUUGAAUUUUCACACACUAACACAUCCCAUGUUGUGUUGCAGGUUGAGGAAGCUGCUAUGGUGGUGGAGGAUGACAUCCCUGUGGAGGCAGCUAGUACUCCAGGAGUCCUGAGGAACCUGUCAGCCUGGAGCAUCACCAUCCCCUACAUUGACUUCUACGAUGACGAGGUGAAGAAGGAGAGGGUCCCCGUGUUCUGCAUCGAUGUGGAACGCAACGACAUGAAGGAAGGUGAGGGCAUGGACAGAGCUGUUUAUGAGGAAGUCCCAAAUGGCACCCUAUUCCCUACACAGUGCACUACUUUUAGGGUGCCAUUUUGCAUGCACAAUGUAUGUGUUUUAUGAAUAAUGUGUGUGGGGAUUGGGAAAUAUAAAACUGCAGUGUUGAUGUUGGCUUUCAAUUGUGUUGAUUCUUGAGUGUUUUUUUUUUUUUUUCCUGUUUCAGUGGGACAUGAAACGGAGGACUGGUCCAUCUUCAGAAGAUACAUGGAAUUCUACGUUCUAGAAAAUAAACUCACAGAGUUCCAUGGUAAGACAACAUUGUGUACUUUCUCACACAUUUCUUUAGAGGAAGUGUACCUUUUUGGCUUUGCCAUUUCUGUAAUCCUGUGCUUAGUAGAUGUGACCAGAGUUUCAGUUACCUUUUUUCACAUUUGUUAUGUGUCACUGGUAGUUUUGAACUUGUUCUCUUUUGCACAGGCUCAUUUGCAGAUGCACAGCUCCCUUCCAAAAGAAUUAUUGGACCAAAGAACUAUGAGUUCCUAUCAUCAAAGAGGGAAGAAUUUGAGGAGUAUUUGCAGGUAUUCUUAAUCACUGAGUGUACAAAACAUUAUGAACACCUGCUCUUUCCAUGACAUAGACUGACCAGGUGAAAGCUAUGAUCCCUUAUUGAUGUCACCUGUUAAAUCCACUUCAAUCAGUGUAGAUGAAGGGGAGGAGACAGGUUCAAGAAGGUUAUGGUAGUAGGUGCCAGGCGCACCUGUUCGUGUCAAGACCUGCAACACUGCUGGGUUUUUCACGCUCAACAGUUUCCCGUGUGUAUCAAGAAUGGUCCACCACCUAAAGGAUAUCUAGCCGACUUGACACAAAUGUGGGAAGCAUUGGCGUCAACAUGGGCCAGCAUACCUGUGGAACGCUUUCGACACCUUGUAGUCCAUGCCUCGAGUAAUUGAGGCUGUUCUGAGGGCAAAAGGGUGUGCAACUCAAUAUUAGGAAGGUGUUCUUAAUGUUUUGUACACUGUGUACGUAGGCCUGUUGCUCUGUAGUGUGUAGUAUACAGUAACUGUAGUACCUAUACAGUUCUAUGAAAUCAAACUACUACAAUACAAUAUGUCUGUGAUCUGCGUGUGUGUCUGUGUGCGUGUCUGUGUUGUAAACAGAGACUGCUGCAGCACCCAGAGCUGAGUAACAGUCAGUUGUUAGCAGAUUUCCUGUCACCUCACAGCAUGGAGACUCAGUUCAUGGACAAGAUGAUGCCUGAUGUCAAUCUGGGUAUGGAGCAUCGAAUAACACUAAUUUAUAAUGUAUAACACAAGGAGCACUAAAAAUGCAUAGGAUGCAUGCCAAAUGGCACCCUAUUUCCCAUAUAGUGCACUACCUUUGACCAGAAGUAGUGCAAUGUAUAGGGAAUAGGAUGCCGUUUGGGAUGCAUCCUUAAUAACCCACACAUUCAUACAGAAUGUAUAACACAAGGAGGCCUAAACAUGCCCUGGAGAAAUAUACGAGAAAUGAAUUGAUGAAUAGCUAUGUAGCUCCAUGUGGAGCCAUGUUGAUUCAUUGAUUUUAUUCCUUCUCAGGUAAAAUAUUCAGGUCUGUCCCUGGAAAAAUUAUAAAAGAGGUAAGAGGCAUUUAUCCAAUGGGAUUUUAAUAGUAGAAUAUCUCUUUGGAUAUACUGUAGUUAGUCCCUGAAACUAUUCCACUCUUAAAUAAAGAAUAUAUGAUCAGACAAUGGUGUUGCAGACCUUCCGGCUCAGUGGUCUGAUAUUAAUCACGAUGUUCUGUCUGCUUCCUCUGCCUGCCAGAAAGGACAGAACCUAGAGCCUUUCAUCCAGUCCUUCUUCAACUCUUGUGAAUCUCCCAAAGUCAAACCCAGCAGGCCUGAGCUGACCAUCCUCAGCUCUACUGCUGAGGCCAACAAGAAGGUCAGCUAUGGUUGCAAAAUUCCCUAAACUUUCCCCAAAUUCCCUGGUUUUACCUAAGUUACAAUCACUGUGCAAAACUCCAUCUGUCCUGAGUCCACUUGUCCUAUACACCCCUCCCAUCCAUCUCAGCUAUAUGUAGGGAUAUAUCUUGCCUCAGUGGACAGCCUUAAUCCCUGAUUAUCUCCUUAGCCCUGCUCUCUGCCAGGAUGUUCUCACUUAUGUCAGAACGAUAAAUCUUUACACACUCCUUCCCAGAAACAGAGAAUGUUCCGGUCAUUCCAGGGUUUAUCACUUUUGGAAGAACAUAUUCCACUGAAACUGUGCAUAUAAAAAACUAUUUUGAUCAGUAAGGAUGUAAGACAGUGUUAGUAAGAAGAUAGCUUGACUGAUUGCCCUGUAGCUCUGAACUGCCUUGACAGUUGUGUAUAUUUUGUAGUAUUUCAUUCCUUGUCAAUAUAAGGAUUGUGUCCCUUCCUAUCUCCCUAGCUCUCCAAUGACCUGUACAAAAACAAUGCUAAUCUGUCUAAGACACUGGAGACUCAUAACCGGAACUACUUUAUGGAGAUGAUUGCAGUAGAAGGGAUGUAUGACUACAUGAUGUUUAUGGGUAAGUGACCAGGCACAAGUAGUAGUUCCCUUUCACAGAAGAACUGAACCAUGAAAUGUGUUAUGUUCCCCCAGCACUCAAACAGAAGGGGGAACUAACAACGGGUCACUGACAACAACCAAAACAAAUAGGUGGGGUUUUAGGAGUUCUGAAAGACACUCAUGGGGAUGUCCACAGAAAGUUGACUAGCAACAACAACUGGAACCUAAGACACUCGCCAUGAGCGCCCACAAAAUGUGCCGAAGAAGCAAACAAAAGAAAAACUGACACCAAAUGUAAUAAUAGGAAACAAAUCAAAGCGGUGGAGCAAAACGAAAUCAGAUAAAGGAUUGUUUGUCUAAAAAUCAAAAUAGGAAGACCAAACUAAAGGUGUUGACCCUCCGCAUCUAUCAAGACAACUGGAGCACUGGGCCAGCCACUCUUAAAUAGCACCUGGGCCAGCACAGGUGAAACACCUUCCCACUAACGAGAUGGCAACCAGCACAGGUGUAACCCAUACUGACUAACGAGGUGACACCAAUCGGUGCGCCCUACAUGCUAACGAGCUAUACAUGCUCAAGUCCAACAUCAAAACAUAAAUGGAAAAACAAAAACCUGUAACACCUUCCCCCUUAAGACAACAAAUAUAUCCUACUUCAAUCUCACAACAUAAUCAACCUAAAAGUCUUGCCUUCUCCAAUAUAAACUGGCCGUAAAUCAUUAAAUACAAGACAAAAACAGCCACUUUUUUGGGCAAAGGACCAAUACAGUCCACCAGAACCCUGCUGAAAGGUUCGUCAAAAGCAGGAAUAGGCUGCAAAGGUGCAACCGGCACAGCUUGAUUCGGUUUACCCGUCCGCUGGCAAAUGCGACAGGAUUUACAGUAAGCCACAACAUCCUGUUUCAGACCAGGCCAGAAGAAGUUAUGCAAAAUACGGUCAUACGUCUUGUUGACCCCAAGAUGGUCUACCAUUCUACCAUUGUGAGACAACCUCGGUAUCUCUUGUUGAAGUGUAACUGGAACGACAAUUUGAGAUACACUGUGGCACGAGAACGCCACUUCCCCACUCGAACACCAUCUCUGUCAAAGUAACCCACACUAACUUCCUCAAACUCCUCCUCUGGAUGUAUUCCAGCAAAAAUAAGAGAGGGAAACAUCUUCACUCUGUUCUGCAAUCAGCUGCUUUCUAAACAGAUCGUCCAUGGUGGGAUCACUGACAUCCUCCUCCACACUAGACUUGCUCCCGGCGACUUUCUUAGACAUAGCACAUGUAAUGGCACACGAUGGGAACACGCUAGGGUACUUUUCUGAUAACCCAUCAGGUUCCUCUACUCUGGGUUCCUUACAAACUACAGGUUUUGGCACGGCCUUCCCUCCAGCCAAAUCGUUUGCCAAAAUGAAUGAGGCCGCCGUCAACGGAACUAGAAAUAAGAUCAGACUCGAGUUCCACAUUAUACAAAAUAACUUCCAUACAACCCAUCUCUACACCUUGUACUAACACACUGUAACCAGUUGCUGUAAUGGAGAACUGGAGUUGGGAAACACUGAUUUAGCAGACUCUCUUAUCCAGAGCGACUUACAGGAGCAGUUAGGGUUGAGUAUUGUCUUGCUGAAGGGCACAUUGACAGAUUUUUCAACUAGUCGGCUCGGGGAUUCGAACCAGUGACCUUUCGGUUACUGGUCCAACACUCACCUUGUGCAAGUGAAUCCAGAGUUUUAUUUAGGGGGUUUUAGCACUACCAGUGAUGGCCACUACAGUGUGUGUCAUAAUAGAAAGGCUUUACUAUGGUUUGCGUAUCCUGACUGUCAGACGCACACGUUGACCAGUCAUGUUGUGUUUGAUGGACAGGUCGAGUCAUGUUCCACAUGCCAGACUGGUUGCAUCACAUUCUUUCAGGGGGGCGGAUCUUGCUUAAGAACACGUUGGAGGCCUACAUGGAUAACUACAUUCAACACAAACUAGAGAUGAUCCUGCAGGAGCACCGUGUGGUGUCUCUCGUCACCAUGCUCAGAGGUACUGUGUGUGUGUGUUUGUUUGCCUCUCUCCGUGUGUGUCUGUCUGUUUCUGUGUGUGCGUGUGCGAGCGUGCGUGUGUGCGAGCGUGUGUGUGUGUUCCUUCAGUAACGCAUCCUUCAUACACCUGACUGUUUUGUUGACGUUCUCCCCCAACCCCUCCUAUUUUCUUCCUAAGGCUCCACCAAAGGUUUUGAGGGCAGCAUACAAUCACUGUAGAUGUGCUGUUCUUCAGUGCUCAUCCAAAUCCAAACACUAUUGUUUGUUAUCCCAUGUCCAUUGAGGUCUGGGAUUGCCCUGCUUUACUUAAUCCACCUCUCCUAAACUCAUAAUUACAUUUUCUGCCCAAUUUCAGAUGCUGUGUUCUGCGAGAACAGUGAGGAACGCACCACAGGAGACGAGCAGAGAAGAGCCAAGAAGGCAUUUGAAGAGAUGAUGAAUUAUCUGCCAGGUUAGACCCAGGUUUUGGCUGACUAUUAAUAUUUUCUCUUCUCAAUAGUUUUAUUUUGCCAUAUUCAUCUGCUUUAGACAGUUGCACAGAUACAGUAUGCACUGUUCUACACACGAUGUACAGCUCUCAGCAUGAUGCAUUCAUGUGUCUUACAUGUGUUAUGCUGCGUUCAAGACAACUUGGAACUCGGAAAUCUCCGACAUCCGACUUCAAUACGUUCAAGACAACUGGGAACUUGGAGGGGGGGGGACAAGCUCUGACUGGGAAAAAUUGUUUUGAGCGGUCAUCCCACUCGGAAUUCCAAGUCGGAAACUCUGGGAUCAUCCUAGACAGUUUCCUCCAAUCCCAGAUAUUUUCCAUUGCAGAAACAUUCCAGUUUCACCAAUCAGUACCAUUGAUGGCAAAGGCAGAUAACAUGGGCCUCAGUUCAGCUGUACUGUAUUGAUGCGUCUUUCUGUCUUUUCACCUUGCAGACUUUGUGGAAAAGUGCAUCGGACAGGAGGCCAAGUACGAGGGCAUCCGACUUCUCUUUGACGGCUUCCAGCAGCCACUUCUCAACAAGCAGGUAAAGCUGAAAGCCAAACAUGAAGACAAAAUAAUAGCUUCUGUGCAGCCAAGGUCUCAUGGGACAUUAACUGUUUUCUCUCCUCUUGUUUCUGUCUUUGGCUCCCCUCAGAUGACUUACGUUCUGAUGGAUAUUGCUGUCGAAGAACUCUUUCCAGAACUCAGCAAGGUAAACUCCUGAGAAUCAGCUAUACACAGGGAAACCAUUUGUAAUACAUUUGUCAUAAUAUGUAUGCUUACUUGUUACUAGAACGUAAUUACUGUGUUGUAUACGGUAGCUGCGUUCUUUAAAAGGAAACUGGCCAGAUUCUGUUUCUUAUUCUGUUAGCUAAAGAAGUUACUGUGUAUUUGCUUGUAUUACACCAAUAAAUUACAAGUUAAACUGUUACCAAACACAGCUUUAGAUAUACAGUGCCUUGCAAAAGUAUUCAGACCCCUUGGAUAUCUUCACAUUGUAUUGUGUUAAAAUGUUUGUUUGUUUUUUGGGGGGGGGGGAUUAAUUUAUAAAAUGUAAUCAAAUAUAGUCAUUGCAUAAGUAUUCAGCUCCCUGAGUCCAUACAUGUUAGAAACUCCUAAGCAGCAACUACAGCUGUGAGUCUUCUUGGGUAAGUCUCUAAGAGCUUUGCACACGGCGAUUGUACAAUAUUUCCUUUUUUCCCCCCCCAAAAUAAAUCUAAAUAUUCUUCAAGCUCUGUCAAGAUGUUGGGGAUCAUGGCUAGACAGUCAUUACAGUCUUGCCAUAGUAUUUCAAGCAGAACUGUAACUUGGACACUUAGCAGCGACCACAAUGCUUGAAAAUAAGGAGGCAGUUUCUCAGUGAUGUGUUGUGUUGGAUUUGCCCCAAACAUAGGGCUUUUGCAUUUAGGGCAAAAAGUGUAUUCCUUUGCCAUGUUUUUUUUGCAGUAUUACUUUAGUGCCUUGUUGCAUACAAGAUGCAUGCUUUGGAAUAUUUUGAAUAUUUGUGUUCUUUUCACUCUGUCAUUUAGGUCAUUAUUGUGGAGUCACUACAAUGAUCCAUCCUCAGUUUUCUCCCAUCACAACCAUGUAACUCCAUUUCUGUUUUAAAAUCACCAAUGGCCUCAUGGUGACAUCCUUAAGCAGUUUCCUUCCUGUCCUGCAGCUCAGUUCAGAAGGACGACUGCAUCUUUGAUGUGUCUGGCUGGUUUAAUACAUCAUCCACAGCAUAAUUAUUAACAAGACCAGAGGUGGGCAACCCUGGUCCUGGAGGGCCACAAGCACUUCAUGUGUUUGAUUUAACCGACCUGGAAGACCAGGUGUUUUGAAUUUAGGCAAUCACUGAACUGAUCAAUUAGCUCAGUUGGUCAGGUGUGGUGCGUAGUUGGAACAAAAUGCUGCAGUACCUGCGGCACUCCAGGAACAGGGUUGCCUACCCCUGAACUAGACCAUGCUGUGUCUGGGUGGUUUAAUAUACUGUAUAAUUCACAGCAUCAUUAUUAACUAGACCAUGCUUAAAGAGAUAUUCAAUGUCUGAUUUGUUAUUGUCAUCUAUCAAUCACUGCCCUUCUUUAUGAGGCUUUCAAAAAUCUCCCAGGUUUUUAUAGUUGAAUCUGUGCUUUAACUGUGCAAUACUUGACUGAGGGACCUUACAGAUGUUGUAUGAAUGGGGGACAGAGGAAAGGUUAGUCAUUUAAAAAUCAUGUCAACCCCUAUAAUUUCACACAGUGAGUCCAUGUAACUUUUUAUGUGAAAUGUUAAGCAACAUUUUACUCCUGAACUAAUUUAGGCUUGCCUGAACAAAGGGGCUGAAUACUUAUGCAACGACUAUAUUGUUAUACAGUGAGGGGAAAAAAGUAUUUGAUCCCCUGCUGAUUUUGUACGUUUGCCCACUGACAAAGAAAUGAUCAGUCUAUAAUUUUAAUGGUAGGUUUAUUUGAACAGUGAGAGACAUAAUAACAAAAAAAUCCAGAAAAACGUAUGUCACAAAUGUUAUAAAUUGAUCUGCAUUUUAAUGAGGGAAAUAAGUAUUUGACCCCCUCUCAAUCAGAAAGAUUUCUGGCUCCCAGGUGUCUUUUAUACAGGUAACGAGCUGAGAUUAGGAGCACACUCUUAAUCUUAGCUUGUUACCUGUAUAAAAGACACCUGUCCACAGUAGCAAUCAAUCAAUCAGAUUCCAAACUCUCCACCAUGGCCAAGACCAAAGAGCUCUCCAAGGAUGUCAGGGACAAGAUUGUAGACCUACACAAGGCUGAAAUGGGCUACAAGACCAUCGCCAAGCAGCUUGGUGAGAAGGUGACAACAGUUGGUGCGAUUAUUCGCAAAUGGAAGAAACACAAAAGAACUGUCAAUCUCCCUCGGCCUGGGGCUCCAUGCAAGAUCUCACCUCGUGGAGUUGCAAUGAUCAUGAGAACGGUGAGGAAUCAGCCCAGAACUACACCGGAGGAUCUUGUCAAUGAUCUCAAGGCAGCUGGGACCACAGUCACCAAGAAAACAAUUGGUAACACACUACGCCGUGAAGGACGGAAAUCCUGCAGCUCCUGCAAGGUCCCCCUGCUCAAGAAAGCACAUAUACAGGCCCAUCUGAAGUUUGCCAAUGAACAUCUGAAUGAUUCAGAGGAGAACUGGGUGAAAGUGUUGUGGUCAGAUGAGACCAAAAUCGAGCUCUUUGGCAUCAACUCAACUCGCCGUGUUUGGAGGAGGAGGAGGAAUGCAGUCUAUGAUCCCAAGAACACCAUCCCCACCGUCAAACAUGGAGGUGGAAACAUUAUGCUUUGGGGGUGUUUUUCUGCUAAGGGGACAGGACUUCACCGCAUCAAAGGGACGAUGGACGGGGCCAUGUACCGUCAAAUCUUGGGUGAGAACCUCCUUCCCUCAGCCAGGGCAUUGAAAAUGGGUCGUGGAUGGGUAUUCCAGCAUGACAAUGACCCAAAACACACGGCCAAGGCAACAAAGGAGUGGCUCAAGAAGAAGCACAUUAAGGUCCUGGAGUGGCCUAGCCAGUCUCCAGACCUUAAUCCCAUAGACAAUCUGUGGAGGGAGCUGAAGGUUCGAGUUGCCAAACGUCAGCCUCAAAACCUUAAUGACUUGGAGAAGAUCUGCAAAGAGGAGUGGGACAAAAUCCAUCCUGAGAUGUGUGCAAACCUGGUGGCCAACUACAAGAAACGUCUGACCUCUGUGAUUGCCAACAAGGGUUUUGCCACCAAGUACUAAGUCAUGUUUUGCAGAGGGGACAAAUACUUAUUUCCCUCAUUAAAAUGCAAAUCAAUUUAUAACAUUUUUUGUUGUUAUUCUGUCUUUCACUGUUCAAAUAAACCUACCAUUAAAAUUAUAGACGUAUCAUGUUUUUGUCAGUGGGCAAACGUACAAAAUCAGCAGGGGAUGAAAUACUUUUUUCCCUCACUGUAUAUAUUUUUUUAUUAAUCUAAAAGAAGGAUCACAUUUUUCUUAAACUUAGUCAUUCGAGUAUUUUGUAAAUAUUGUUGACAAAAAAAUUAUAAUGAAAUCCAUUUUAAUCCCACUUUGUAACACAAUAAAAUGUGAAGAAAUCCAAGGGGUCUGAAUACUUUAGCAAGGCACUGUAUAUCGUAUUUAACUUAAGCAUCUCUCUGCCAUAGGGCCCCUGAAAGUUAAACACUCACUUUGUGUUUCAACUAGGGGGUAAUCAACCGGAUGUCUUCUCCAAACUAUUUAGACAUUUUAUAAAUGAAGUGAAAGUAGAAAGGUAACAAGAUGUAGGUUGUGUACCUCCCUGCUGAUAUGUACCAUGGUGAUACUGUAUGUUGUCUCUUCAGCAGGGACAGGGGGAGCCGUCAGCAGACAGUAACCAGUGAAUUUAGAUAACAGCUUGCUUCCCAUCCCUGGAGCCAAAGUGCAAUAUACUUAGCAAAUUCUAAUGUCUCUGGGAGCAUAUAUCAACAUUCCACUGUAUAAUAAUGCAUUAAUAAAAAUAUAUUUAUUGAUUUUACUGGGUGGUCAAAUGUCAUUUGAUAUUUUGUCUGGCAUAUUUAACUGCUGGCUGCACACUGGUCCAUCUUUAGCUUGAUAAUGUGUCAAUUUUAGAUGAUGUCUUCCCUUCUCCAAGUGAGAUGACUGUUAAAGACCAAUUGAAUCUGUCUCUGUUUUUGUGUAUUUUGUAUGG